AUGAAGAUGGGAAAAACUAAUACUACCCUCACCAAGGACACCAUCUGGAAUUAUCAUUGCUGGAAUGAGGCAUGGAUGACCCGGCCAGAUCUCCCAGUUGGUUUUGGAGGAUGGCAGGCAGUGGAUGCCACACCACAGGAGACUAGUGAUGGUAUGUUUAGAUGUGGUCCUGCAUCUGUUCAAGCCAUUAAACAUGGACACGUCUGCUUUCAGUUUGAUACGCCUUUCCUUUUCUCUGAGGUAAACAGUGACAUCGUUUACUCUAAAGUAUUGAAAGAUGGAUCAAAAGUGGUUCAGUAUACUGAUAAAGCACACGUGGGACAAAAAAUUUUAACUAAAGAAAUAGGAGGAGAUGGACCGCAUGAUAUAACUGAUCUGUACAAGUUCUCAGAAGGCUGUGAAGAGGAGAGACUGGCACUUGAAGCAGCUCUCAUGUACGGUGUCAAAAAAGAAAUCCGAGACGAGCUACAGCUACUCACCGAGCAUGACACUACAAUAGACUUUCAGGAAGAUAAUGCAGUAUUUGGCAGUGACUUCAAAGUCAUUUUAACAUUCAAGAAUCAAAGUUCCAAUCGGUAUACAGUAUCAGCCUAUCUAACUGGACAUGUUGUAUUUUAUACGGGAGUCCUGAAGUCAGAAUUCAAAAAUAAAACCAUUGAAGUAACACUGGAUCCUUUUUCCAAUAAAACAGUGGACGUUAAUAUAAAAGCCAGUGAGUACAUGAGCCAUCUUGUGGAACAGGCCUCUUUACACUUCUUCGUCACGACUCGUAUCAAUGAAACAAGGAAGAUAAUGGCCAAACAGAAGAUUGUAGUAUUGCAAGUUCCUGAGCUGCGCAUUAAGACUAUUGGAGAUAAGAUGGCUGGUAAAGAAAUGAAAGUGGUGGUGGAAUUCACUAAUCCACUAAAGAAGAAACUACAGAAUGUUGUCGUGCGUAUUGGUGGUCCAGGUCUUAUGAAAACCAAAACUCAGAUUUUCAGGGAAGUCCAAGGAAAUACACCCCUGAUUUUGGAAGAAAGCUUUAUCCCAAGAAGAGAGGGCACCAGGAAACUAAUUGCAACUCUUGAUUCUGACACGCUAAGGCAUGUGUAUGGUGAGCUGGAUUUGGAGAUCUUGAGUGGAGUCUAA